AUGCCAGCGAAGCUCCUAGUCUACGCGUCCCAGGCAGAGUCGGGUGCCGAGACCGACUCCAUCGCUCACUACAUCGGCGUAGACGUCGGGACUGGCUCGGCUCGAGCCUGCAUUAUCGACUCUACCGGCGAGAUCAAGGCGCUGGCAAGCGAGAACAUCAAGCUCUGGCAGCCCGCACACGGCUACGGCGGCUCCCACUAUGAGCAAUCCACAACCGACAUCUGGCGGGCGAUCUCGCACUGCGUGCGCAAGACGGUCGCCGACUCCGGGGUCGACCCGGCCUCCAUCAAGGGCAUCGGCUUCGACGCGACGUGCUCGCUGGCCGUCUUCACGCACGACACAGACGAGCCGGUGCCCGUCACGGGGCCGGACUUCUCCAACGCCAGCGGUGAGGACCGCAACGUGAUCCUCUGGCUUGACCACAGACCGCUGGCCGAGACGGAGCUCAUCAACAGCACCGGCCACAAGCUGCUGCGCUACCUCGGCGGCAAGAUGAACGUCGAGAUGGAAAUCCCCAAGGUGCUGUGGCUCAAGAACCACAUGCCGCCCGAGCUGUUUGCGCGCUGCAAGUUUUACGACCUGGCCGACGCCCUGACCCACCUCGCGACGGGCGGCGAGACGAGGAGCUUCUGCAGCGCCGUCUGUAAGCAGGGCUACGUGCCCGUGGGCGUGGAUGGGAGCGUUAAGGGGUGGCAGGAAGAUUUCUACAAGGCGAUCGGGCUGGGCGAUCUGGUAGAGGACGGGUUUCGACGGGUGGGCGGGGUCAACGGUGUGAAUGGCAAGUUUUUGAGCGCCGGCGAGUUGGUCGGUGGCCUUUGCGAAAAGGCGGCCAAGGACUUCGGGCUCCCGCCCGGCAUUGCGAUCGGGAGCGGCGUUAUCGACGCAUAUGCCGGCUGGAUCGGCACGGUCGGAGCCAAGGUCAAGCUGGAUUCGGACCACCUGGACGACACUGUCGCCUCGAAUGACGUCUCGCAGGCUUUCACCCGGCUGGCGUCCGUGGCCGGGACGUCCACCUGCCACCUGGCCAUGUCGAGAGAGCCCGUUUUUGUCCCAGGAGUCUGGGGCCCCUACCGCGACGUCCUCAUGCCCGAGUACUGGAUGGCCGAAGGCGGUCAGUCAGCAACGGGAGAGCUGCUGAAGCACAUGCUCGAAACGCACGCGGCAUACAACGACACCAUGAGAGAGGCCCAAGAGGCGGGCAAGAACAUCUACGACUAUCUGAAUGACCACCUCCGGCACCUCGUGGAGAAGACGCGGGCGCCGUCCAUCUCGUACCUGGUGCGGCACUUUUUCUUCUACGGCGACCUCUGGGGCAACCGGUCGCCCAUCGCUGACCCCAACAUGCGCGGCGCCAUCGUCGGCUUGAGCAGCGACAAGAGCAAGGAUAGCAUGGCGCUGCUGUACUACUCGACCAUGGAGUUCAUCGCGCUGCAGACGCGGCAGAUUGUCGAGACGAUGAACAAGUCGGGCCACACUAUCAAGAGUAUCUUCAUGUCGGGCAGCCAGUGCCAGAACGAAAUCCUCAUGGACCUAAUCGCAACGGCGUGCGGCAUGCCGGUGCUGAUCCCUAGGUACGUCAAUGCCGCGGUGGUGCACGGCGCCGCCAUGCUGGGUGCCAAGGCGGCCAGCGCGGACGAGCAGGGCAAGACGGAGCCGCUGUGGAACAUCAUGGACCGCAUGAGCAAGCCGGGCAAGGUGGUCCGGCCCAGGAAUGACGCCGCGGAGAAGAGGUUGCUGGAUGCCAAAUACGAGGUGUUUUUGGACCAGUGCCGGACACAGCAGGAAUAUAGGAGGAAGAUCGACGAAGCGCUCAAAGGGACGUCAAUUGCAGCCACCAUGUCGCUUUUUAUGGGGAAAGGCACGCCCCCGACGGCGACUUCGACGGGAGUACUGGGCAUUCCGGGAGGCAAUCAGCCAGCCUCCGGCUCCGGCAACAGUAUUUUCGGCUCGACGACCACAGGGAACUCUCUCUUUGGCAACAGUUCUGCAGCCGGCACGACAACAACACCCGCCCAGUCGCAGCCCAAGACGGGACUCAAUCUGGGUACCUCUCUGUGUGGCACAUCCACAACUACCCCUCAAGGGUCGCUCUUCGGCGGCAACCAGUCGACAACCGCGACCAGUCAGCCGACGACGUCGGGCGGGACCAGCCUCUUUGGCGGCAGCACGCUCUUUGGCAGCUCGACCGCGACCACGACUCAGCCAGCCGGAGGGGGAAGUCUCUUCUCCUCGGCCGCUCCCAGCGGCGGCCUAAGCCUGGGACUGGGCAACGCGACCAACACGAACCCUGCCGCAUCCACGAGCCAGCAGCAGCAGCAGCAGGCACCGCCAUCUGUGCUCCCGAGCGGCGCCCUGUUUGACAGCCUGCUAGCCAAGAACAAGAAAGAAGCCGAGGGGGAGACGGCGCUGGGCGAGCUGCCCUCUCUGCAGCUGGGCCUGGGCGAUCUGCGCCAGCGCCUCAAGAAGCUUGGCCCUCCGCAGGACAGGCCUCUGGAGCAUGGAAAGGCUCACUACUUCCUCGCCGCCUCCGGCGUCGACCCCGGCGCGGCGGUCCGCGACCUCGGCGCGUUCGGGCUCCAGGCCAGAGAGCGGGGCGCCGCUGCCCAAGGAGCCGGGUUCGGCGGCGGCGUCGGCGAGGUCGACGUGGAGACGUACCUUUCGAACCUGCAGACCAGGACGACGCUGAGCAUGAUCGCCGACGGGUUGGACCGAUCGGUGCGGGACUUUGAUUCGUUCCUCGAGGACAACGUGACGAUGGAGUGGGAGGCGCAGCGGAGGCGCAUCUACCAGCACUUUGGCAUCAAGCCGAGGGAGGAUGCCGCUCGCACGAGCACGCAGCCGGCCGCCCGCGCGUCGACGCCGUCCAAGGACGGCCAGGGCACGUUCGGGCGGUCCAGACGCAAGGCGGGCAGCCAGGCCGGCGGCGGCGAGCGGGCUGCGCAGCGCGCCAGCCUGCUCGGCAGGUCGGCGAUGCAGCGCUCCGUCAUCGGGACCCCGAGCCGGAUCGGGUCGCACGCCUCCGAGUUCACGGACGUGGAGGCUCGCAAGGAUGCGGCAGGCUCGGGCGGGGCCGGGUCCAUGGACGACCGCUUCUUGCGCGAGAAGCAGGGCAAGCUGGCCGAGAAGAUCCACGACUUCAACAACGCGCGGCAGCAGGGCUUGCCUGUCUACAUCUGCCGCGACCUGGCCGAGCUCGAGUCCAAGUCCGGAGACCGGCACGGGCCGCACAUCGUGGAGGCCUACCGCGCCAUGAUGGAGAUUGUGGGAGAGUUCCCCGAGGCCGAAGAGACGCCCAGGGAACGGCAGUUUGCGAAGCUGUACCUGGACCCCAACCUCCAGUCUGCCAACGCGGUCGCGAUGCGGAAGCAGAUCCUCAGCGGUGCCAACGCCUUCUUGGAGAAGCAGUUCUGGAACGAGGUGAACUCGCUCAUUGCCAAGUACCCGCAGGACGCGAACCUGGGCGGCCUGCCGGACGUGGUCAGCAAGAUCAAGGCGUACAUCCGCCUCCGCAUCGCCCGCAAGACGCUGGUGCCCGACAACGUCGACCUCCAGCAGGCGAACGGCGAGUACAUCUGGGCCAUCGUCUUCUAUCUCUUGCGGGCCGGCUUCGUGCACGAGGCGGCCCAGUACGUCAACGAGAACCAGAGCCACUUCCGCAGCAUCGACCGGACCUUCUCCGGCUACAUCAACAGCUACGCAUCCAGCGAGGAGCGCCGGCUCAAGCGGCAGAUGCAGGACCGGUGCACGAGCGAGUACAACCAGCGGAUCCGCAACGCGCCCGAGGGGUCCAUCGACCCCUUCCGCAUGGCGUGCUACAAGAUCAUCGGCCGCUGCGACCUGAGCAACCGGAGCCUGGAAGGCUUGCAGACCGACGUCAACGACUGGAUCUGGCUGCAGUUCAACCUGGCGCGCGAGACGGACAGGUCCCUGGAGCUCGCGGGCGAGUCGUACGGCCUGGCCGAGCUGCAGGCGAGCAUCCGCGAGAUCGGCCUCAAGCACUUCCCCAAGACGCCGGCCGAGGACACUAACGGUAGCUUCGGCAUGUUCUUCUACCUCCAGAUCUUGUCGGGCAUGUUCGAGCAGGCCAUCGCCUACCUGUACCCGUUCUCGUACGUCGACGCGGUCCACUUCGCCAUCGCGCUCACCUACUACGGGCUCCUGCGCCCGGCGGACGCGCAGUCGGCGGGUGGCAACGAGCUGCUGUCCCACAACACGCGGAACCAGCCGCAGAUCAACUUUGGCCGCAUGCUCGGCUACUACACGCGCGACUUCCGGGCGGCCAACGCGGCCGCCGCGGUGGACUACCUCGUGCUCAUCUGCCUCAACGCGGACGAGACGGGUGGGCAGCAACAGGCGGCGCUCUGCCACGAGGCCCUGCGCGAGCUGGUUCUCGAGUCGCGCGAGUUCAGCCGGCUGAUUGGCGACAUCAAGCCCGACGGGCAGCGCAUCCGGGGCGUCAUCGAGGAGCGCGGCCCGCUGAUCGCGCUCGGCCAGGAGGACGACUUCAUCCGCGCCAUCACGCUGCAGGCGGCCAGCUUCGCCGACGACAACGGGCGCACCACGGACGCGGUGCUGCUGUACCACCUGGCCGAGGACUACGACACGGUGGUGUCGAUCGUCAGCCGGGCCCUCAGCGAGGCCAUCUCGCUCGAGAUCGGCGAGGACCCGAUGCGGCUGGUGCCGGUCAAGCCCCGCGUGGACGGGGGCGCCGAGGCGGCCGAUGCCGCCCGGCGGGGCGGCAGCAGCCUGAGCCUGGCGGCCAUCGACGACCCGGUCGAGCUAGCCAAGACGAUGAUGAGCAUGUACGAGAGGGACCACAUGUUCUGGCAGAAGAUCCGCGACCCGAACCGGGUGGCGUGCUCGGUGCUGCUACAGAUGAGCGACAUCAAGAACCUGGUCGAGCAGGGCAAGUGGCCUCAGUGUCUUGAUAAAAUCCGCAGCCUGGACAUCCUCCCGCUCACGGCGCGCGGCGACCCGAGCGUGAUCCGCGCUUAUGCGGCCCGCUUCUCGUCGCUGGCGCAGCCGGUGGCCAUCAACGUGCCCAACCUGCUCAUGUGGACCGUCAUCUGCUGCAGCAAGCAGCGGGAGCGGCUCCAGACGGGCCAGUUCAGCGGCAACCAGUCGACGGCGCGCCAGAUGAUCGACGAGCUCAAGCAGAUAAGCGUCGACCUGACGGCCUACACCAGCCAGCUGCGCUACCGCCUGCCGCCGCACCUACACGAGGCGCUGGCGCGGGCUUCGGCGGAUUGAAUGACGAGGGAGGAAGAAGAAGGGGGAGGGAAUGGCAAGGAGGGAUGGAGAGGGGUGUCAUUCAGGGAAUGGAAGGGAGAUGGAGAUGACGUGCUAAGGGGUAAUGUCUCGAUGAAUGAGGCUUAGAAGAAGAAGAAGCCUUGCUGGUAUUUAGGUCUGUAGAAGCAUCGGUCACUGUAAAGCUAUCUAUCUUGAUCUCGGGUUUUUCAUCG